ACAAUGGAGGAGGAAGAGGAAAUGUCAGCCGAUCCUCUAGAUACUUCAGAAACGUCCACAGAUUCUUCCAAAUCUUUAACAAGCUCUUCAAGACCAUCAAUGGACACAAUAGAAUCUUCAAUAGAAAUCGAGGCCUCUACAACUAAAUCUGAGGAAUGUGACAAGAAAAUUGUUCAAAUGACAAAUGGGGGAUUAAUUGGCAAUUACAAAGUGGUGAGACGACUUGGGGAAGGUUCAAGUGGUUGCGGGGUCGUCUAUCAAGUAAAAGCAAAUAAUAAACACUACGCAAUGAAAGUUGAACGCUUGGAUAUGGACAAAACUGAUCAACUUUUGGGAAUAGAAGCUCAUGUUCUCAAGCGUCUGCAGUCCUCCCCUUACACUGUUCAGUUCAUUCAGUGUGGAACUUGUCAAAGCCUUCGUGUGCUCAUUAUGGGAUUGCUAGGCCCUUCUAUAGAUGAAUUACGGAAGCAAGAAAUCAAAGAAAGAUUCAAUAUGGGGACUGUGUUGAGGAUUGGCUUUCAUGCUUUGCAGGCAGUCGCAUUUGUUCAUUGUUCAUAUUUUGUCCAUCGAGAUAUCAAGCCCAGCAAUUUUGCUAUUGGAGUAAACAACUCCAGACGAAUCUAUCUAUUCGAUUUUGGACUUUCUAGAGCACUUAAAAAGCGUGGCGAUAUGGAAUUGCGUACAAUGAGGGAGGAUGUUUCAUUCCGAGGAACUUCAGGAUAUUGCAGCUUGAACGUACACAACAGAAAGGAACAUGGAAGGCACGACGAUCUAUGGUCAAUCUUCUACAUGCUUGCAGAAUUGAAAACUGGCGAUCUUCCAUGGAUGGGAAGAUCUCGAAACAAAACAAAAAUUUUAAAGGCGAAAUUAAUGGAUUUUGAGUAUAUGCAUGGAUGUCCAGUCGCUUUCUCAACAAUUAUGAAUUAUUUGCGCACUUUGGAUUACCACAAAAGACCCGAUUAUAUCGGAAUUGAACAAGCAUUUUUUGGAAUGAUGGCGGCAAGGGAAGUAAAUUGGAAUCAACCUUUGGAUUGGGAAGUUGAUUAG